AUGGCUUAGAACCAAAUAGUAGGAGCAAUAAAAAUUAAGGAUGGAUUAUUUAUUGGAGAUGAAUUUGCAUCAUAGGUUUAGUAUUGAAUUUAAAAAAGGAUCGAGAAUUUAUAAUAACCAAUAAAGUAACUCAUAUAAUUAAUUGUGCUGGCACAGAAGUACAAAAUAAAUGGACAUUGAUGGGUGCAAAGUAUUUAACUUUUAAUUGGUUAGAACAAGAUAACGAAGUAUCUAUUAAAUUUUUGAUUUUUAGGUUUUAUUUGAUGAACGAGGUGAAAAUGUAAAUAAAAUAUUUACAUUCAUUGAAGAAUGCUUUCAAUUAGGUGAGAGUUGCUUAGUACAUUCAGUUAGAGGAUAGAGUAGAGCAUGUUGUGUGCUUGCUGCUUAUUUUAUGAAAAAGUUCGUUAAAUUAUUUAAAUUUUUUAGAUAUUCGUGGACAUUAUAUAAAACAUUAGAAUUUUUGAAUUCCAGACGUCCAGAUCUUGAAAUUAGAGCAUCCUUUUUUUAUUAAUUAAAUGCAUUGGAAAAUAGAAUGAAUAAAGUAGGACCAAAAAGAACUGCUUCAUGGAAUGAACUCACAUAAGAUGAAUAAAAUCCUUAACAUGUUUAAGAGGAAUUGAUCAUUAGAAAUACUUUUUUGAAUUCUCAUAAUGGUCCUGUUGAUGAAAUAUAUACUAAUUUAUAAGCUAAAUAGGUAUUAGAUUUAAUAAAUAUAUAAAGGGAGUCUUAGGAAAACUUACCAACUAAAAGUUAAAAUGGAAAGAUCAAAUGAAUAAAGAAAAUAUUCCAUUAGCAACUCUUGUUUAUUCAGGUUCUCCUGAUUUUGUACCUGUUUCUGAGAUUAAUUUAAAACGAGAUUCUGAGACUUCCAUUUUAAAAGUAAAAUUAGAAUUUAAUUAGGGAGCAUAAAAAAACCAAUCCUUGAUCUAAUUACCUAAACAACCAUAAAUUUAAACUAGUUUCCCAAAAAGUACUUAGAAUACAACUCAGGUAAGAGCUGAGAGUAGUAAAUCAUAGUAAUAAGAUUAAACUGAUAUAGCUUUGAAUUCUAAUUUAAAUUCUAAUAAUUUAAUUAGCAAUCCUUCAUUUUAAAAUAUAUUAAUGCAUUGCGCAGUGAAGAGUAGAACGCCAUAAUAAUAAUAAUAAUAAUAAUAACAAUAACAAUAAUAACAAUAAUAAUAACAAUAAUAAUAAUAACAAUAAUAAUAAUAAUAAUAAUAAACUAUAAUUGAUUAAAAUAAUAAAAAAUCUUAAUUGAUUAAUAACUUUGUUAAGACUUCAGAUAAUCCAACAUAAUAAUAACCUCCUUUUGGAACUAUAUUAACUAAUAACAAUUAAAACUUCUAAAACAGUUCAAAUGCAAUCAGAAGCAAUUCUUUAUAAUAAAAUGAGGAAAAAAAAUUAUCGACAGACAUAUAAAAUUAAACCAGACCAAGCUCUUUGAAAUAAAAAGAUAAUUAAAAUUCCAUUUUGACUAAUUUUUAAGAAUUUAAAAAUCAAGUUUAAUAAUCCUUAAAUUACUUUAAUAAAUAAGCUGAAGCUUUAUUAAAUUUUGAUAAAUAAUCCUAAUAAUCAUAAGGAACACAGUUAAUAAAUUAAACAAAUAAUACUAUCUAAUAGAAAAGUAAAUUAGAUUAAUUAAUUAGUCCAACAUCAAUUUAAACUAUGAACUCUACUAAACAUUCAGAAAUUCAAAAAACCUUAACUUAAUCAAUUUCAUAAUUAUAGUCUAGUUAUUAAAAAUUUUAGCAACUUUAGCAGAAAAAUUAAAUAAAAUAAUCCUAAUCUCAAUCUUGCAUUUAAAAAUCAAACAUUUAAAAUUCUGAAUUAUCUUAAUAUAAUUAACCAAUGAUAUUAAACCAAACUAACUUUUAAGAUAGAAGUUCCUCUUUAAAUAAAAAUUAAGAAACCUUGGAUUCCAAACUCAGAGCUAACAGUACUGAAAUAAAAGAUACAUAAAAAUCUAAUGGUGUAUAAAAAAAGGAAAGCUUAUCCCCAUUUUCAAAAGAUCCAUCUAAAAAAGUUUCUUAACAAGGACCUCCUUUACCAUAAUCUAGUUCACAAAUAUAUUUAAGAAAUGUUUAAUGUAGAAGACAAGCAGCCUCUACAUUGAGGAAUUAAUAAAAACCCAAUAAUUCUUUCUAAGAUAAAUAUUUAAAUUAAAGUGCUAAUUAAGCUUAAAAUAGCAGCUUUAAUAAUAAUAGUAAUUCAGCUAUUGAAGCUGAGUAAAAGUAAUAAACAAAAGGCAUAGUUACAGACCUUAAUUAAUUUAAGAAAUUAAUAUCACCUUAAAAUUUGACAAAGAGUUAGGCAUAGUUUAUUAAGAAUCAACCUAUAAGAGUUUUACAAGAAUUGACAGAAAAGACUUAAUCAUAAAAAUAAGUGUAAGAUAUUUGUAUAAUAUUUUAAAGAAAAGCCAAAGAUAAUGUAUCAUCAACUAGUUUUACUUUAGUUUAAAAACCUUCGUAAGUAAAUACACGAACUUUUUCACCUGCUAUUAAAAGUAUGGAAUAUUAAUUAAUUUAAGAUGAGCCUAAGAGUAAGACAACGAAUGUUUCUAAUGUAAGACAUAAAAUUAGGAAUUCUUCUCCAGGUAAUAUUAAUUUUAAUAUAACUAUAGGAAUAUCAAAGGAAUAGGAUUAGUCUAAUUCAUUUUAAAAUAUAUCAUCAACUUUACAAGGAAAAAAUAGUUGGAAAAUGCUAUGA